AUGGCUGCCCCCGCCGAUAUCACAAUCAAGAAUCUCAACGGGCAGUGGGUUAUGGACGCAAAUCUGUCCGACCCCACCGACCCCAUUCUCGCUCUGCAAGGUAUGAGCUGGCUCUUCCGUAAGGGUCUUUCUUAUGCCACCGUUACCCUGCAUGUGCAUGAGUACAAAGAUGAGCACAACCCCGCCGUGUACCAUAUCGAUGUCGACCAAGUCAUCACCGGUGGUAUUACUGGUACCUCAGAGAGACGUACUCUGGACUGGGAGGAGCGCGAGCACGCUGAUGAUAUCUUCGGUAAUCUGAAGGGUCGUUCGCGGAUGUUCCGUGGUGCCAACGGUCGUCCAGCUCUUGAUAAGCAGACUAAGGUCGGAGAGCCCGAGGGCGACGCUCGAGUGGAGAAGUUCUUGCUCGGCGAGACUUUGGUCGAUGGAUCUGCUUCUGAAGGCUUCCUUAUUGAGGACGAGGGUGCUGAGUUUGGAGUUGGAGAGGGCUUGUUUGCGCAUAGCUGGGUUGUGAAUGAGGAGAGUGGCUGGUCCGCUGAGCAGGUUUGGGGAUUUGAGAUUAUCCAGGGAGAGCGCCACUAUGUUCGUCGCGUAGCUGUUGUGAAGGAUAAGCAAAUUGAACUGGCACGCCUGGUUUACACUUUCCAGGAGCGACGGGCUGAGGAUUAG